CCGCACCGCCGCCGGUUCCCCCGCGGCCUCCUCCAGCCGCUCCGCCCGGUGCCCCCGGCGGUUCCGCGGCCCCUCCUCCUCCUCCUCCUCCUCCUCCUGCUCGGCCUCGUUCGGCUCCGUGGCGCAGGAGCGGGCAGGAAAUGGCCUUUCCGUGGCUUUGCUGCUGAUUGCCGGCUGUUUUUCCGCCUCUCCCCGCAGCAGCCGCCGGUGCCCGGGAUGAGCCGCCCGCGCCGGCCGCAGGGCCGGGCUCGCCGAGCGGAGCCUCGCGGGAUGGGAUCGCUCCAGUGUUUCUAAGGUUUUGGAGUUGUUCCUGGCGUGGAUCCCGUGGAUCUGCUGGAAACAGUCCCUGAUUUCUUCCUUGGAAUUCUGAGUGGGAUUUCAGGGCUGUGCUCCUGGAAUUCCUGGGUGAUCCCUGCUCCAGAUUUCCUGGAUAAUUUAUGAUCCCACAGUUCAGGCUCUGAGCCCCUCCUCAGCAUGGGCGACUCGGCGCUCGGGCAGAGCCCCCCGGAGCCGGGCGCUGCCGGCUCCUCGCUCAGCGUCAUCACCGAGGGCGUGGGCGAGCUGGCCCUCAUCGACCCCGAGGUGGCCAAGAGGGCCUGCGAGGAGGUGCUGGAGAAGGUCAAGCAGCUGCACGGCUCCGCCGCCGAGGCGCUUCCCAACGGGGAGAGCUGCCCCAUCCGCUGCCUGGACGACCCGCCCGGCUCGCGCAUCCAGGAGGAGGAGGAGGAAGGCUCCGGCGCGGCCAGGACGGCGCGGAAGCGCCAGAACCAGGCCAAGCAGUCGUGGCUGCUGCGCCUCUUCGAGUCCAAGCUCUUCGACAUCUCCAUGGCCAUCUCCUACCUGUACAACUCCAAGGAGCCCGGCGUGCAGGCCUACAUCGGGAACCGCCUGUUCUGCUUCCGCGACGAGGAGGUGGAUUUCUACCUGCCCCAGCUGCUCAACAUGUACAUCCACAUGGACGAGGACGUGGGCGACGCCAUCAAGCCCUACAUCGUGCACCGCUGCCGCCAGAGCGUCGACUUCUCGCUGCAGUGCGCGCUGCUGCUGGGCGCCUACUCCUCGGACAUGCACAUCUCCACGCAGCGCCACUCGCGCGGCACCAAGCUCCGCAGGCUCAUCCUCUCCGACGAGCUGAAGCCGGCGGGCAGGAGGAGGGAGCUGGGACCCCUGCCCGGCGCCGACACCGGCCUCUCGCCCUCCAAACGGACUCACCAGAGGUCCAAGUCGGACGCCACGGUGUCCAUCAGCCUCAGCAGCAACCUGAAGCGCACGGCCAGCAACCCCAAGGUGGAGAGCGAGGAGGGGGAAUUCUCCUCGAGUACGGAAAGCCUGGAUAAAUCCCUGGCUCCCCCGGCGCGGCUGGCCCCGGAGCGGGAGUUCAUCAAGUCUCUGAUGGCCAUCGGGAAGCGCCUGGCCACGCUGCCCACCAAGGAGCAGAAGACGCAGCGCCUGAUCUCGGAGCUGUCGCUGCUCAACCACAAGCUGCCCGCGCGCGCCUGGCUGCCCACCGCCGCCUUCCCGCACCACGUGGUGCGCGUGCCGCACUCGCAGGCCGUGGUGCUCAACUCCAAGGACAAGGCUCCCUAUCUAAUCUACGUGGAAGUCCUGGAAUGUGACAAUUUCGACACGGCGAAUGUCCCCGCGCGCAUCCCGGAGAACCGGAUCCGCAGCACGCGCUCGGCCGAGAACCUUCCGGAAUGCGGGAUGGGCCCGGAGCAGAGGGCCGGCAGCUUCAGCACCGUCCCCAACUACGACAACGACGACGAGGCCUGGUCCGUGGACGACAUCGUGGAGCUCCAGGUGGAGCUCCCAGAGAUGCACACCAACAGCUGUGACAACAUCUCCCAGUUUUCCGUGGAUUCCAUCACCAGCCAGGAGAGCCGGGAGCCCGUCUUCAUCGCCGCCGGAGACAUCCGGUGAGCUGCGGGAGAAUCGGGAAUUUCCGCUCGAAAAACCCGGAAUUCUGACAUGCCCCAGAGCAAAAAUGCAGGAAUUUUCCCUCGAAAA